AGUAAAUGGAGUAGAUUCAAAUCCCGGAAAUGAUACUGAGACUUGUUCAGAUUUUAGUAAUGACUUCGGCAGCUGUUUGUCAAGUAGGUAUUGGACCAGAACUGCGUUGCUACCAAUGUAACUCGCUAACACAACCUCACUGUGCGGACUAUUUUGAUAAUCGAACUUUUCCUUUGGUCGCUUGUCCUAAUGAUGGAAGAAAUUAUUCUAGAUGUGUCAAGAUGAUUCAAGAAAUGUAUUUAGAUGGCAAAUGGACUAGACGUUAUUAUCGUGAUUGUGCUGUAACCGGUGUGAUUGGUGCAGAAGAUGGUCGUUGGUGCAUUGAUCGUUUAGGCACUUAUCGUGUUAAAGUUCGUUAUUGUAAUUGUAAUAAUAAAAAUGGUUGUAAUUCAAGUACACCAAUGACUGUUUCUACAACACUUUAUAUGACAAUGUUGACUGUAUUGAUGUUUUACAUUUAUCGACACUACUUAACAUUUAAUAACAUUUAACAAACAAGAUAAUUCUCUCAUUUUGUAAUUCCUUUUUUCUUUCUGAUAAUUUGUGGGUUUUUUUCUGAUAUAAUAAUUGCACUGGAAAAUGUUUUUAUUGUAGAAAUAAAAAACGAAACUCCACAUAGGUAACUACUAUCGAAAAAUGUGAAUACAAACGUUUUUCUUCUUAUCAUCUAUGGAAAACUGAAAUUUCAAUUAUCAUCAUUCAUGCUGCAUAAAUAAAAUCAUGUUUCAUGUGUGAUUUUAUGUUCAAUUUUUGUAAAAUUUUGUUCAAGGUUUCAAUGAUUGUUAUUUUCUUUUUUUUUCUUACUUACCAGAUUCAUCUUUUUUUUUCUAUGUGAUGUUAAUCGAAAAAGAAAUGUACAUAAAC